GUUCGGGUUUCCCGACAUAGAUACACGUAUUUAUAAUAAUAGUAAAUUUUAAAAUCGUUUAUUGGAUUAGAAGUAAUCAUAAAAGAUUUUGCGUGAAAUGUGGAACGAGUGACCGUGAAGUGUCCGCCAUUUUUAUUUUUUUUUACUUAUUUUUUUAAUUCAGUGUGUAAUUGUUUUUUAUUGAAUAUUGUUCUCAUUGACAAUACUAGUUGCUUACAAAUGGCUAAAGUGUACAGUUUGUGGAAUGUUAUUUUCCUUGUUUUUGUUACGAAUCCCAUCUUCACGGCAGUUGUGAGAGAAGAGGAAGGGACAUGCGGUCCUGGUGAACUAAAAUGCGGAGAUGGAUAUUGUGUUAGCACGGACAAGAUAUGCGAUGGCGUCCCUGACUGUGUCCAUGAAGAAGAUGAACAAUACUGUGAUGGCAGUUCACAAUCGCUCGUGUCAACAUGGAACACAGGCCAUCAAAGAAGCAAGAGACAGACAACUUCUAACUGUCGUAAAAAUCAAUGGCAAUGUCGAGAUACCAGUUGUAUAAGUUUUGAUGGAAAAUGCGAUGGCAUCGUCGAUUGUCCCGAUGGCAGCGAUGAAUCGUACCCUCUUUGUAGAUCAGAGAAAUGCCAAAAUAAUUGGUUUCGAUGUACUUAUGGGGCGUGUGUAGAUGGAACUGCUCCUUGCAAUGGUAUACAAGAAUGUGCCGAUAAUUCUGAUGAGUUACUACCUAGAUGUAGGAACGAAACUGAUGAAGUAACGGGUCAAUUUAAAUGUGACAAUGGCCAGUUAAUAUCCGGUUUCAAUCAUUGUGAUGGUGUCGCCGACUGUAGUGAUGGCUCGGAUGAGACAGUGAAGGCGUGCGCAGCGAAAGUCUGCCCGACUUAUUUAUUUCAGUGCGCGUACGGCGCUUGUGUGGAUCAGGGCGCUGAUUGUAAUGGGAUUAAAGAAUGCGCUGACAAUUCAGACGAGUCCGAUGAACUUUGCAACAGAAUAUCAGGACCAGUAACAACUACACUCAAACCAAUCGCCACUGGUCCUUGUGUACUCCCAGCAUAUCCUAACCAUGGGUCCUAUGUGGUGAAGGGUGCACCCACAGCAAGCCCUGGGCAAGGCUUUAAGAGCUUCGCCCUCAUCGUCAGCUGCUACCCAGGGUAUGCACUGGAUGGGAACGAAUCGGUGUUAUGUUUCGACGGGAUAUGGGUACCACCGAUGCCUAGUUGUAUACGUUAUUGCAAAUUAUCUCCACAUCCAAGCGUAGACUACCGCUGUCUACUCUCAGACCAGGCGGGAGUAGAAGGUAGUAGACCUUGCAAGCAAUACGAGCCAACUGGAACUGUCGUCAAACCUGAAUGCAGACGUCCUAAUUACUACGCCUCGGGGACUUUGCCCUACAUGAGGUGCUCCGACGGAAGCUGGGACUAUACCGCCACUUGCGUACCAGAAUGCGGCAGGGUAACACCGGAAGGGGAAUUCCUUAUAAUCAACGGUACUAACGCGGAAAGGGGAGAGUUACCCUGGCAUGCAGGAAUUUACUCAACAGAGUCCACCCCGUACAUGCAGAUAUGCGGGGGGUCACUUGUCUCAACUCAUGCUGUUAUAUCCGCCGCCCAUUGCUUUUGGAACGACGUAAAAAAGCAACGCCCAGCAGAGAACUACGCGGUCGCUGUGGGCAAACUCUACCGCCCUUGGAAUUUGAAAGAAGAUGUCGACGCACAGAAGAGUGCUGUAAAAGAGAUCAAAAUCCCGCCUCGUUUUCAAGGAGCAGCUUCCAAUUAUCAAGACGACAUAGCUUUAGUUAUACUGAAGACUAGGAUAGAGUACAAAUAUUAUGUAAGACCGGUCUGUAUGGACUUCGAUAUCAACUUCAAUAGACGACAGCUGCAACCGGAUAAGAUAGGCAAGGUGGCAGGUUGGGGUCUAACAGCAAUAGAUGGUAAAGCAGCGUCGACCUUACAAGUGGUCAACAUUCCUUAUGUAUCUAUAGAGAAAUGUAUCGCAACAGCACCUCCAGGCUUCAGAGAAUACAUCACUAGCGAUAAAAUAUGCGCGGGAUAUGAUAAUGGUACCGCUCUCUGCAAAGGUGAUAGUGGGGGAGGGUUAGCGUUCCCUGAGCUAGAUAAGGGUAUUGAAAGGUUCUACCUCCGAGGGGUAGUAUCCACUGCCCCUAGUAAUGAACACCUUUGCAAUGCAAAUACCCUAACUAUAUGGGGCGUAGCGGAAGUCUCCCUUGGUCAGUUCCAGCGAUACAAUGAGAACCCGACUGUAGUCACGUUGGAAAAGGACUUCCGAUCUUGGCGUUUCACACUACCAGGGGUUACUAUAUGUGAUCAGGAUCGAGUUAAUCCAGAUAAAGCGAUACAUGCAAUCAGGAAGCGUUGGCAAGUCGAACCUGGGGACAUCAAGUACGACUACUAUAGACGCUUUGUAACUGUCGUCGCUAACUCCGAUCUGUUCCAUCUAGAAGGUUACCAGGAGUUCAUUUAUGAUGAGGAGCUGAAUGUGGAUUUGUACCAACUGGCUGUUGACGUGUUACCAGAACAAUUGGUGAAGACGAUCUGGUCGCGGGAAGUUGCAGCGAAUUGGACGCCGGUGAUGACGGAAGCUGGGAUCUGUUACGUGAUCAAUUCGGUUGCUACCACAGACGUAGCUAUCAAUACUACAGGAAACAUACCAUCAGAGCCACUAACAUGCAAAUAUUCCUCUCUUAGCUGUUAUGUCAUGUUUGAGUCGCCAAAACCAUUUGAUAUAUAUGUACACUCACCUUAUGACAUCAUGGAUCUAACAACACUGGUCACACGGACUUUCCUCACACUGAACCGUAUUAGUGAACUGAGCGUAAUGGAAACACGCACUGGUAGAGAAGUAAGAAGUCUACGACCACAGCGAAGAAGAUGUCUGUACAAUAAUGAACCUGUCGAGAAGAAUAGACAGAGGGCACGCCGUGCGGUCCGGCCGGCAUGUGGUGUUUAUCUGGCCACAGAUCCCAACUUGCCAACUUCGGUGGACAGCGUUGUGUUUGCAACCAACAGUGUGUUGACGCUGUAUUCAGAGAGAUAUCCAUUGUUGACCAACUCUGGGAUCGAGGACCGUUCCAGAAUCGUGCUGCUGUCAGGUACACCGUACAAGCACCAAGGACAAGAUACACAAGAGAGAUAG